CCGAUGUAGGAUUUAAAGGAAAAGGAUGAGAUCUUCGCCGGGAGGCGCCCGUCCGUAUCCACUCCUCUCUCUCUCACACACACACAGACCGCCGCCGCCGCCGCCGCCGCCGCCGCAAGACCUCAAUCUGGCCUUAGUUUUAUUAGACGCCGCCGCCGUAGAGCCGGUUCCCCCUCACGCGGCCAGCUACUAUGUCGAGUGGGCUGGACAUGUCCCUAGACGACCUCAUCAAGCAAUCCAAGUCCAAGCCCAAAGCCAACCCUGCCUUCUCUUCCGGGCCCACCCGCCGGGCGGCGCCGUCCGCCCGGACCAUGCCCUACCCGCCAUCUGCUCCGAAGGCCGCCACCGCCGACUGGCUGUAUGGUGUCUACUCCGAGCACGUUGCUGCCAUGUCAACCUCCCCGCCACUGCCGGCGGUGGCCGGGCCACAGGCACUCGAGACGGGGACGAAGCUGCACAUCUCCAACCUCGACUCCAGCGUCACCGUCGAGGACGUCCAGCGGAGCUGAAUUUUAAGAAGCAGAGCAGUCCCAAACAGGAACUCUUUUCAGAGAUUGGUGAGCUCAAACGUUAUUCUGUUAACUAUGAUAAGGAUGGGAAGUCUCAGGGAAGUGCGGAAGUUGUCUUUGCAAGAAAAGUAGAUGCUUUGGAUGCUAUUGAGAGAUAUAAUGGUGUUCUGCUUGAUGGGAAGCCAAUGAAGAUAGAGCUCAUUGGAAAUAAGACCGAGCCACACCCGACAGAACCUUUGAUGUACAACAGCGCUUCUUCUAACUACAAUGCAACUCCAAACAGUCUACACCAGAGAGGUGGUCCGAGAGGGCUAUUUCAUGGUAAUAAUGGUCGUUCUGGAGGCAGUGGUCAGGGCGGUGCUGGCAAAAGAGGAAUGUUUCAAGGCAACGUUCAUCCUGGAAACGCUGUCCAGGACGGUGGUGGGCGGGGACAGGGUACAGCCAGAGGGAAUGAUCGCAGCCGUGUUGUGGCCUCUGUUGCGGAUCUUGAUGCUGAACUGGAGCAGUAUCAUGCAGCAGCAGCAGUGAAGCAGAAAUGAGGCUCCGAUUAUAUACACACUGUUGCAUUAUUAGUUUCUGCUUUUUGUCGUCAGGUACCAUGUUGAGAAAACUUGGAAGGCAUCAACUCAACAUUUACAUCUGCUGUGCUUUCCAUAUCCCUACUCGGAGUGCUGGAUAUGUCGUAUUACCUAAUUUUGAAAGUGUGUGUUCUCCUGGGUUUUAUUUGGAUAGUAAGACUACAAAGGGUCAGUUUUUUGGUGGCUUUUUUAAGCUUCUAGAAUAAGCUGUCCCUAUCCAUCUUUAUUCUAAAGCCCAACCAAAAAUAUAGGGGGCAACUUAUUUCACCUUAUUCUAGAAGGCAGCAAAAUAAUUGGCUAGUUCUCGUUAAAUUAAAUUCCUAACUGAAUCUUCGGUA